GGAAUCAGCAGCAACCAGCAACCAGCAGCAGGACAAUGGACUGUCUCCACUCCGGAUCCUAACGGGCACCGGGGCUGCUGCGUCUGACAAACCGGAAUACGAGGAGGUGAAUGUCAAACAGCUCCAGGAUGCUGCCAUCCUCGUCCCUGCUGAGCUGCUUUUCAACGGUCGGCAUCUGAUUUACCAAACAUGAUGAAGACCGAACCCCCGACAGCCACGGGGGGCAAAGGGACCACUGCCGGCAGCAGCACGGGCGCGGGGAGCGGGAGCUCAAACCUGCGGAGUCCCUCGCCCCACCGCAAUGCCUACGAGGCGGGCCUGGCGGCGCUCAAGAAGGCCACCGACCACCUCAACAAUGCCGCAAACGGAGGCUCCGGUCCGGCCCCGAAACCCACUCCUCUGCCUCGCCCAACCGGGAGGGGCCGGAAUUACGGAUCAAAUGUUCACCGCAUCAAGAACAUGUUCAUGCAGAUGCAGUCCCCUGGCGACGAGGAGGAGGGAGCCAAAAUGAUUGGUGUAGAGCAGGCGGUGAAACUGUCCCUACCGAGGGCAUCCAGCCUUAACGAGAACGUCGACCACAGCGCCCUGCUCAAGCUCGGGGCCACGGUCUCAGAGAGGGUCAACCGUUUUGACUCCAAACCGGGCGGAGAGGGUGGAGGCUUCUCCAAACUCCAGGAGACCAGGAGGAUCUUCGAACAGCGGACUCUACAGGAGAAACAAGCCGCGACCAACCGGAUCCUGCUGAAGAAAGAGCGGGCAUCGGGCUUCCAGGACAGCCGUCUAGAUGUCGUGGCUCGCUUUAACGGCUCCACUGAGGCUUUGGACCGACUGGACGACCCCCCAGCUCCCGCACCUCUUCCGGCUCCCACUGCUCUUCCAGCUCCCGCUCCUCUUCCGGCUCCCGCUGCUCUUCCAGCUACCGCUCCUCUUCCGGCUACCGCUCCUCUUCCCGCUACUCUUACCGCUGCUGCUUCUGUCGGGCCCGGUGAUGCCGUCAGCCCCACCGUGAGCCAGCUCAGUGCCGUGUUUGAGAAGGGCGAACAGCCAAACAAUGUCCACCCCCCUCAACGUCGGUCAGGCCCUGCCCUAGCACCAAAGCCCAAACCUCCAGCCAGAACGGAGGCUACCGGAAGGAAGGGGAAGGUGCUCCCUCCAGGUAAGGAGGACCGCGAGGAGGUGGCAGCUAGCGGUGUUAGCACCCAGGCAGCAGAAGAGACUCUACAGAGGAGCAUUGUAGAAGCAAUGGCCUGCGGGGAGAACGAACUGUUCGGGCAGUCAGGAGACGAGCUCCCCAACUCCUCCUACUCCUCAUCGUCCUCCUCUUCUUCGGGAGUCAAACCAGAGUCGGAGGCCCAGCCAACAGCGACUGAAGCCAGGGGCUCAAGUACGGUGUCUGCCCCAGAGCAAGAGCCGCAGGCCGACGAGCAAGACGGCUCCACCGGUGGUUCUGAGGCUGGAUCCAGGCUGGUGCAGGCGGAGGUCCAUGCCUCCCUGGAAAAUGGUGAAAAAGAGCCUCCGGGUUCCUCUCCUUCUUCGGAGGAAGAGGAGGAGAGAGGAGGGGACUCUGAGAGGAGGGACGAGGAGGAGGAUAACGAUGAGGAUGGCUCCAGGAAGGAGGACUACUCGGAGGGCGACCUGGUGGAUAUCAGCGCGUACAGCGGGCUUGGGGAGGAGGACUCUGGGGGCAGCCAGCUAGACGACGAGGAGGAUGAGGAAGAUGAGGAGGCGUAUCAGCCGGAAACCAGCUGCUCCGAGAUCCCAGGUCUACCCGAGGAAGAGGAGCCCGCGCCACCGAAUAGGAAGAUCCAGUUCAGCACUGGGCCAAUCAAGGUGUUCACCACCUACUCGAACGAAGACUACGAUCGGCGUAACGACGACGUUGACCCCAUGGCGGCCUCGGCCGAGUACGAGCUGGAGAAACGAGUGGAGAAGCUGGACCUCUUUCCUGUGGAGCUGGAGAAAGACAGCGAGGGUCUGGGUAUCAGUAUCAUAGGUAUGGGUGCAGGAGCUGAUAUGGGUCUGGAGAAACUGGGGAUCUUUGUGAAGACGGUCACCGACGGAGGAGCAGCACAGAGAGACGGCAGGAUCCAGGUGAACGACCUCAUAGUGGAGGUUGAUGGGACCAGCCUGGUCGGCGUCACUCAGACCCUCGCCGCCUCCGUCCUCCGCAACACCACCGGCACUGUCAGGUUCGUGAUUGGUCGGGAGAAGCCAGGGGAGCAGAGCGAGGUGGCUCAGCUGAUCCAGCAGACUCUGGAGCAGGAGAGAUGGCAGAGGGAGAUGAUGGAGCAGAGAUACAAACAGUACAUGGACGAGGACGAAGAGACGGGUGAAUAUGCGACCGACGAGGAGGAGGAGAUGAGUCCGGUGUUUCCAAACUCCAUCGAGGUGUUCGACCUGGCAGAGAACCAGGACACGAUGUCUCCUGUGGAGCUGGACCCCGAGAAGCUAGCCCACAAAUUCAAGGAGCUCCAGAUUAAACAUGCAGUCACCCAGGCGGAGAUUCAGCUGCUGAAGAGGAAGCUGGCUCAUGCGGAGCAGGACAAGUUGCGUUGGCGGAUGGAGCGUGCUCAGUUGGAGCAAAACAUCCGGGACAGUAAAGAGAGGAUGGAGAAGCUGGAAGGCUACUGGAUGGAGGCUCAGUCGCUGUGUAAGGCGGUGGACGAACACCUGAAGGAAACCCAGUCCCAGUACCAAACCCUAGAGAGGAAAUACAGCAAAGCCAAGAGACUGAUUAAAGAGUACCAGCAGAAGGAGAUCGAGUACCUGAAGAAGGAGACGGCUCAGCGUCGGGCGCAAGAAGAGAGCGUGGCAACACACAAAGAGGAGGCAGACAACCUGCAGGAAAAGAUUAUCGACUUGGAGACCAAGGUGGAUGCCCUGAAGACCCCCAACCCCUCCUAAACCGCUGCUACGUCCCUACCUCCUGUCUGUGACCUGAAGAGGAGGAGCUCUGCCUUCGUUUAUGACCCCCGGGGCUGUCAUUUAUUCCCAUCAACCAUUUGCUGCACGGACAGGUAGUGUGGGGGGAGGGGGGGGGGGGGGGAGACUAACAGGGAGAGGACGAGGAGGGAAGAAGCAACCUCUCAUCUGACAUCUGCCGGCGGCUUAGCGCUCCCGUCAGCCAAUCCCAGAACGCCUCCCUCCGUGAUACCCAGAAUCCUCCUCGUGUGUCUUCCCGGCAAAACCCCGGCUCAGCAAUCAACGCGGAAACCACAUCCAACAACCCGUGCUUCACGUAUUGGACGAUCCGCUUCUCCUCUCUUCAAUCAACAGCACCUUCACCGGAUUCACAUUCAUUUUACAAAAAGCGCUUUUUAAUUGAACAGGCUCGUCACAAAGUGCUUUUUAUAGAGUGACAGAGGGCACGCACGCAGAACACAAUGCAACAAGAACUGACGGAGGUAGUUUGAUUGUUGUCGUGCUACUUUUAAACUAGGUGGUUGCGGAAAACUGUUCCUUUAUAAUUUUUUGGGUGGGGGGGCCGGACUGGAUUAUUACGAAGAAGACGAACUGUGUUUUCUGUCGCGUGGCGUUGAUCAUUAAAAUCUGAAAAACGAACACGGAGACAUGUCCACCGCCUUUUUAAAAGACAAACUCUGAAGUGGAGCCUCGAUAGUGACACACAACAAAAACAACAAAAACUUUGAAAGGAAAUAGCCACCACCUGCUGAUAGUUAAGUAAUAAAAACUACAAAAGAAGAUGGCCGACAAAUUUCUGAUUAGUGACAAAGAACUUCCCGCCCUGGCCUUCUCUUUUCAAGCUGUGCACGCAGUGGAAAGGAAUCAGGUAGAGGCAUGCUUUUCAGGUCUGAACUGUGGUGGCGAAACCGUUUGUAUAUAUUCUAUACAUGUAUUUAAAAGUGUUUAAACGGCUUAAAGCAAUUAAGUGGGUCUGACAGCCGAGAGUAAGGCGGUGCGAUGAGCCGGAAUGACCACGAAACGGUUCCCCAUUCAGUCCGUUUCAUCUCUUUUCUAUCAACAUCGACGGCAAACAGGGUGUGAAUAGUCUAAUGUGUGCUUCUAGAGCUUUCUAAUGGUGUUUACCCGUUGGCGUUUAUUACAGUAUCUGUGGGUUUACAUGCACAACAACAUUCUGUUAAUUCACAACCAAAAUGUAGUAAAUUCUUGAGUUGGUGCAGGGUUUUCAGAAAUCUUAUCCAGGAUUUAAAAAAGAAAGAAAAAUAACUGAAUAUGCUUGUUAGAAUUUACAAGUAUCCCAAGGCUGUUUUUGCUUAGUUUCAUGAGCCGAGGCUACGUAAGAAACUGCAUAUUCAGUUAACGGCGGAUAUGUACAACAGGAUCUCCUGAGGUGCUUUAUCAGUUGUUCAAACAUUUCCUGGAGGCUAAACUGCUCUACGACUAUUCUCUUUAGUUGAGGUAAACACGAGUGUCAAAACAUUCUGAGAGAUACUGGACUUUUGAGGUGAUACUUUUAAAUUUAAAAACUUCUCAGUAUGUUCACAAUAUAUCAGACCAUAUUAUUUUUCAAUAUACUUAAUUUUAUAAAUUAUACAUAACAAACAUAAGAUGCUUAAAAAAAGAAAGACCAUAAUUAUUAGAUUUUUUUUAUAAGCAAUUUAUUAAUGAAUUCUGAAAUUCCAAUACUACUGAAUUUAUAGCAGUUUUUGGUUAUACUUUGAAAUCCAUCUGUCUGCCUAUAUGUGGUUUUAAUUCCCCUCUUUUUUUUCUCCAAGUGGUACAAUUAACUGAACUUAGAUCAUGCCAUUGACAGUAGAUAACCUGGUAGGCCAGAGGUCUGAUUGAUUCCUUUGGGCUCUUCAGGCUCUGAUUUUACCUCUAGAUGCAUCCAAUAUUAUUUAAAACAACAAGAUUUUUUAAAACCGACUUGUUUCAGAAUUUGAGUUUAGUUUUGAGAAUGUCUGACGCAGGUCAGACAGAUAUUUUUAUAUUUUUAUACAAUAUUUCAGUGCUACACAUUCAGCGGUAUUACAAUUUCAACAUUAAGCAUUCAGCAGUUACAUAUCAAAAUGAUCUUUCAGCUGCUUAUGAAAUACAUAAUUGUAAUGGCCUUUCUAUGCUUCCGUAUAAAUCAUAAUCAGUGUCAGUAAGGCUGUAAUCGCUAGUUAUCUAAGUUAGCUACGUAGCCUUUCUGAUUUUUUUUUUUAAUCCUGUUGCUAUCCAUAUUUCCUGAUGUUGCCGAUUAAAUCAUUUCCAAUUCUAUGUUUUAUUGAUAUUCAGAAUUGGUCUUUUCUAAUCAGCCUAUAGAGCCUUGUUAUGCUCACUUACAAGGAUGGUUUUGCCUCUGGGAAAUGUUUGUCAAACUACAUCUUCCCAGUGUAUUCAGAAAACCGUGUGCAUGUAAACACACUCCACAUCUCUUGGAUUACGCGAAGAGUAAAGGGUCCCAGUGCCAGUAUUACGAACUUAAAUUUGUGAUAUAUGCCUGACAUUCCAAAUGUGGGUGGAAUACAAAAGUGUUACUGUGGUGGUUAAAGGUCAGAUCAUUAUUUUCUGGAACCCAAGGACCACUGGAGGUUCAGAUGCAGAAACAUUGUUUUGUUGAAUUUUUUUCCAAACAAAUCGAGUAAAUUGCAAAAAAAUCAAAGACAUACAGAAAUUAUGUUGCUUGUCAAUUAUUUUGGGUUAUGGGUCACAUCUUGAUUAUUAAUUCCAUCAGAGAUUGGUUGUCAAAUUAGCUAAUGUGGAAAUAGCAAAUUAAGACAUUUGUCCAUACAAAAUAAUUUGACUACUAUCCAGUAGUUGGUGAGGACUUUUUGCUAUUCCAAAUAUGAGGCUCAUAUUUGCAUGUGGAUGGCAAAAUGGUGCCGAGUAAGACAGUGUUUUGAACGGACCAAUAGCGUAUUUUGCUGCUCGUUCACCAUGGUGAUCAUUAUGAGUUUGUAUUUGUCUUUAUCGAGAUAAUACAGCUUGCUGGCAAGCUCUGAUUAGGUUGCCUAAAUUGGAAACACUGAACCAAUAACAGUUUAAUUAGGCUAUUUCGGUUCUCGUCAAUAAUGAAUGCAAACCAAAUAGUUUUCAUGGUUUCUAGAGAAUUAAGUUAGGGUGAAAUAAUUUCCUCUGGCACCAUCUUCUGGUCAAACAUUUCAUUUCUCAGAUACUUUGGUUAACAAGGAAAACAUUCCCAUCAACAUUGUAUUUUGUAUUGAUUAGCAAACGUUAGCAUGCUAAUACACACUAAACCAAGGUAAAUGUUACACCUGCUAAACACCAGCAUGUUAACAUUGUCACUGUGAGCAUGUUAGCACGUUGACAUUAGCACUGAGCCUCAAAGCAGCGCCUCCAUAGAGCCACUAGUGUGGCUGUAGACUCUGUAGUCCUCCUGAUAUUAUAAAAUAUUAAAAUAAAUAUUUUGUUUAUUUGUCAUCUUGCAAACACAGAAGAAAGUUCACAAAUAUCAUGUAUAUAUAUUUGUGAAAGUUUUUCUGUUUGACAGAAAAAAAUUCAAAUCUAAUGUUGCACUUCCAAAUUGUUAAUAGUUGUUCACAGAAGCUCGUCACACUGACAGUGUUGUGUUGUACAGACAAACCUUUUAAAAUUAGGUAUUUUAAAAAGGUACCCCUUUUUUUUUUGGCUGACCGAUUACCGGCCCCUGUUUACUAGCGUCUUAAAAUGUACAAGCUUCCGACCUUCACCUCUGACAUGCAGGAACUCAUCAGUGUUACAGGAAGUAAUCAGUGUUAAAUUUUCAGUGACUCGUGGGAGCAAAUACGCUUUUGUAGUGCUCAACUCAUGAACUGUUGGGGAAUUAUUUAGUUGUAAAACAGGAUUAUAAAGAACGUUAACCAACGGACUAAGGUCAUUUUUCUGUUUGUAAAGUUGUGUUUUGAGUCCUGAUGGGAUGAUGCAUUUUGUAGGCCAACCAGGAAGUUAGCAUCGCACUGGUUCCCUUCACAAAAAGCCAAUAUGAUUUUUAAUUUGAUUUUGGAUAUUGAAGAAAAUAUGUUCAUGACCCUACACAGUUUUGUUCAGCAAGAUAAUCUUCACAACUGAACACCACUUAAUUGAUUUCUGAAGCGUGAAUACAAUCGACAAAAGUGAAAAGCUAACCCUAGGCUAUAAAUUAACUACUGGGUCUCAUUUAGCCACUCGUUAGCAACCGCUUUUUUUAAGACACGUAAAAGCCUCAAAAUUCAAAAGAGGAACAAAACGUUGCGAUCUCUUCAAUUUGUGUUUACCACAAAACCCCCAGUACCCCAUUCAAAAAACGUAUUGACUUUAGGCAAGGGAACCAGGAAGUGCAAAAACGCUGACUCAUUUCCUGGUUUUAGUACCUGGACUCAUAAAACACCCACAAAAACAGUUUGAAUGAUGGACUGAUAUCAUGAUAUAAGUGUAUUUGAGUAAGACAAAGGGCAGCAAGUACAAACUUGCAGUAUAAAGGUUGAUGUUUUUAUUUAAGACAACAAGUAUUAGUCCAACACAUGCAGUAUAUUUAUAUUGUUGUCCUGUCGGACUGGAGCAAAGGGGCUUCUAGAGCAUUUCUUUUUUAGAGGAAUCCAAAUCAGCCAUAAGCAACUCACUUUAGGUAUUUUUCACAAGUAUUUUUUAUUACAGUCUCAUCUCUUAUGUCAAACCAAAUGUGAGCUGUGCAGUUGAUGUUUUAUCACCUGGUCAGGUUACUUUAAGUUGAAAAUCUGAACGCAGGAAGUGAUCACCUCGCCUUUUUUAUGACUUGACCUUAUUAGUUAACGUGCUGCUUUUGCCUCCACAAAGCCUUCCGACGUGCGCUACCCAUAGAUGACCGUCACCGUGGUUACCCACCACAUCCAUCCAUCACUCAUGCCCCCAUCUAAAAGAGCGUUUGCCAGUGAGUAUGGAAGACACAAACCGCCAUGUUGGACAGACAGAUUGUAGCACCGCAGCAUUUAAAUAUCGAUACAGAUCGAUGCCUUUCUCCCAGACACCUUCUUUACUUUCAUUGCUUCACGUUUCCCCAACGCUGUGAGGGUUUAGUGCCUUGCUUUAAGGGUUAAGUAAGGAUAAUAGUUGAUAGUGGGGAGCCCACGCCCACCCGUCACCAAAGCUCGACGUUAGUCAGACCUCAGUGCAUUUUGGCGAGUAAAGCCGAAUGCAAAUGGACCGUUUCUCGCACCUCUAAGUUUUACCUUGACAACUGGCACGUUCUGUCCCGUAACCAUUGGCAACCAGUCUCUAAACACUUCACCUGUUAGAAGUUUAGGCUUGUGCUGACGUGAUGUUUUAAGAAACUGGAAAAAAAGGUUUAAAAAUGCAAAACAAAAGCACUAUAGGCAGUUUUGUUUUAAUUGUUUUAGUGUGAAUUUUCCAUCCGCUUUGUUCCAGCACCCUGAACUUCUGGGCUUAACUUUAGAUACAUUGACGACAUUAGAGAGAGGUAUGUUUCCACGAAUGAGCGUGAGCGGGGCAAUCUGACGGCGCAUGACUUGAACCUCUUGAGUGUGUGUCGGGUCUGAAACAGAUUUCCCUCUCUGCCCGGCUCUGUUCUGUAGAUGAUGCCGCCAUGUGUGUCCGAAACCUAUACCUGUCUGUCAGCAUUAAUAAAUAAACAUGAGAUAUGUUGAAACAA